CGUCUUUUUUCUCAAAACUUAUGCCCUCUUCAGAUUAUUCUGGAACGGCUGGAUUUGGCCAGCCUAAAAUCAGUGCGCGAGUUCGCUGAACGCAUGCUGAAGCGAUACUCUCAACUUCACUUUCUCAUCAACAACGCUGGCGUGAUGCCAUGUACCUACGAGCUUACUGUUGACGGUUUUGAGAUGCAUAUAGGGGUUAACCAUAUCGGCCAUUUCCACUUGACCUGCUUGCUGCUACCCUCCCUCCGGUCAGCAGCGCCAGACUCCCGUGUUAUUAAUGUCUCCUCAAUGGUCAACCGUUUCUGCUUGGAUCUCCGACUUCCGGACCUCUCUUUCAGCCAAGAGGACUACUCUCCGUUCAAGGCCUACUGUCAAUCCAAGAUGGCCAAUAUCGUUUUCACGGUGGAGUUAGCUCGUCGUCUCAAAGAAUCUGGAAUUACUGUCGUCUCGCUGCACCCGGGAGCUGUUCGUACUGGGAUUCAACGUCAUUGGAAUGUAUUCCUCAGAGUCAGUUUUCUUGUAUCAGAAACCUUUUUUUCAUUUCCAUUUGUACGGGCUAUUUGCUGA